AUGCGAAGCUUCUUCCGAAAAGUCAGGGACGAAUCGCAAAAGGUCCUUCAGGGGGAUCACGGUGCCAACGACCCCAGGUCCCUAGAGAACCCUGAACAUCCCCCUCCAUCCGCGGAAGAGCAUGAAGCCCGUCAUCAGCAUCCGCGUUACCAUCCCGAUGUCGAUAACACGCAACCAGAGGGCGAAACCCCUCUCAAUGUCUGCAAUGUUGAAAGACUCGGUUUCCAGGUCGCCAACAAUAGCGCCAGUUACCGCGAUCUAGGCUUCACCGGAAAGAUUGCUGGGAAAUGGUAUGCCGUCUUCGGCGACACCAUGUGGUGCGCCCCUGGGGUCUCUAACUUCCUUGAGGACACUCCCGGUUUUCAUGGCAUGGUUCGGGACUCAGUCUCCCUGUUGACGGAUGACCCUUUGACCGUGGUGGAUCUGAACCUGAAUGAUGAUUGUCCUGUCCCGCAUCAGAAUCAGUUGAUCCCUUUCAACGAGGAAUGGGGUGAAACGAACCAGUACGGUUUCGGCGGCACGAGUCUUUGCGAGACUGAUGCCGAGGCCGCCACGGCUGCGCUUUACUACCUUGUGAACGCCAACGAAACCGGCGGCCUCCUAGGCGCUGGCGUCGCCAAGGUCGAGGUCAUCAACGACACUCCCACGGUCACCCAGCGCUUCGGCGACAGAGGGUUCUGGUGGGAUUCCAACACGACCGCCAAAUACGGAGACCAGUGUGCCUACCGCGAUGAGCGCUCGGAGUACAUCUACAUCUGGGGCGGCCCGCCGAACUCGAUCACUGGAUGGCCUCACUCCAGUUACGCCUACCUUGCCCGGGUAAAGGCAGAAGACGCUUUCGAUCUGGACAAGUACGAGUAUUUCUGGGGCCGUCAGCAGGGCUGGAAGUCUGAGGUUCUCACCAAGUUCGAUGCUGAGACGGCGGUUUGGUGGGCUGUUGGCCAGGGACAGGUUGCUUGGAAUGAGCAUUACCAGUGUUAUGUGCUGGUUCACUUGUCUGCUUUUGGUGAUGGCAAAGUGUACCUGCGAACAGCCACCUCUCUGGAAGGCCCAUGGACUCCGGAUGUUCAGGUAUACAAGAGCGAACCUAUCAAAGGCGGAUUAGUCUAUGCCGGUGUUCAACAUCCUUACCUGGAUCCAACUGGACAGACGCUGGUUUUGUCUUUUACGAACAACAACCACAUCGAGGUCAUCAAGGUUGCCUUUGUUUAG